CACAGCGCAAUUUCCUCCACACCGUUCCACUUCCCUUUCUCUCCUCUUUUCACUACAGCUACGGUAGGCGUAGUCAUGUCUUCGUGCGUGACGGACACGGCUCGAACCCUCGCCUGCAGGGACGGCGCGGCGGCGGCCCACCUCAAGCUUCUCUCGCUUUUAGUCAUCUUCUUUUCCAGUAUCAUCGGCAUAUCUUCCCCCAUCUUCCUAGCUCGUUAUUUCCAAGGCAAACCUGUUUACGACAAGGCAAUUCUGAUAAUCAAGUGCUUCGCUGCUGGCGUCAUCCUUUCAACCUCCUUAGUCCACGUCCUUCCCGAAGCCUUCGCCGCCCUGUCGAACUGCCACGUGGCAUCACGCCAUCCGUGGAAAGACUUCCCUUUCGCCGGGCUGGUCACGUUGGUCGGGGCUCUUAUGGCCCUCUUGGUGGACUUAACGGCGAGCUCUCACGUGCAUCAGAGUCAUGAUAAGAAGCCGAGCGGAGAGUAUUUGCCGGUGGCGGCGGCACAAGAUGGAACGGUGGGAAAGAAAGCAGGGAGUGAUUUGUCGAAGGAGGAAGCGGUGAAGCUGAAGCAGAAGCUGGUUUCACAAGUAUUGGAGAUUGGGAUAAUUUUUCAUUCGGUGAUAAUCGGGGUGACGAUGGGGAUGUCGCAAAAUCAAUGUACGAUUAGACCAUUGGUUCUUGCACUCGCUUUUCACCAAAUCUUUGAAGGCAUGGGUCUCGGUGGCUGUAUUGCUCAGGCGGAUUUCAAGAUGGGAACAGUGGCAUACAUGUGCUUUAUGUUUUCAGCGACGACGCCGAUGGGAAUAGUGUUGGGAAUGAUAGUAUUUGCAGUGACGGGAUACGACGACAACAACUCGAACGCAUUGAUAAUGGAAGGGUUGUUGGGUUCAAUGUCUUCGGGUAUACUAAUUUACAUGGCUUUGGUGGAUCUCAUUGCCCUCGACUUCUUUCAUAAUGAACUCAUGGCUUCCCACACCUGGUUGAAGAAGGCUUCAUUCAUUGCCCUUGCUCUUGGCUCUACUUCUAUGUCUAUCCUUGCACUCUGGGCUUGAAUAUUAAAACGAAAAUGUCAGUCACUAACCAUAGCUACAAAUACAGCUUUGC